AUGUCUCAAAAACCAAAACACAUCGUCACAAUAGGCGGUUCUUUCGCCUCUGUCAGGACAGCCCACAAAUUCCUUCAGGGGAUGCAAAACAAAAAUGCGGGAUCUUACAAAGUGACAAUGGUUUCUCGCGAUUCGCACUUCUUCUGGAAUCUUGCUAUGCCCCGCGCAAUUAUCCCAGGAACCAUCCCCGAUGAUAAGCUCUUCCAAGCCAUUGCGCCUGGGUUUACCAAAUACGGCGACAAGUUUGAGUUGAUCGUUGGUACAGCUACUGGCAUUGAUAUCAAUAAUAAACAGGUCAAGGUUUAUAAAGCAGGGCAGGAGACUUUUAUCAGCUAUGAUUAUCUCCUUAUUGGUACUGGAUCUUCGACUAAAGCGGAGUCGCCAUUCAAGUCGAGGGGAUCGACUGAUGCGACCAGGGACUAUGUUCAUGCGUAUCAAAAGCGUGUUGGAGAGGCUCAGUCCAUUAUUGUUGCAGGUGCAGGGCCGACUGGUGUAGAGGUCGCAGGCGAGUUGGCGGACUACUAUGGUGACAAGAAAGAAAUUACCCUGAUUAAUGCUGGCCCAACAGUCCUCGACAAUCGCCCCGACAGCGUCUCAAAGUCAGCACAUAGUCAACUCGAGAAGCUCGGCGUCAAGAUCAGACUCAACACCAAAGCCGAUGAGUCUAUCACUCUUCCCAAUGGCAAGCAAAAGGUCACUUUCUCCGACAGAAAAACGGUAGUCACAGACCUCCUCAUUCCAACAUUCGGAGUAGUUCCCAACUCAUCUCUCAUCCCACCUAAUCUUCUCGAUGCGCAUGGAUAUAUCAAGGUCGAUCAAUAUCUCGCCAUUGAAGGCCGUGAGGAUGUUUUUGCAAUUGGCGACGUGUCUAAUGUUGAGGCACCGCAGUUUUGGUUCGUCAAUACGCAGGCUGGUCAUAUGGCCAAGAAUUUGGUGCAGACAAUGCUUGGAAAGCCUAUGAUUCCAUACAAAGCUUCAACAACUCCUUCGAAGCUUAGCAUCCAGGUUCCACCAAAUUCCCUUCUGCGUGCCAUUGCGGCUGCAGCUUUACCUGCAAUUGCUGUCGCGUCUGUCAUUCAGCAGCCAAUUGACAGCUUUGAUCAUACCCAAGGCUAUCAAUUCGAUCCUCUUCUCCACCUCCCGGGAAUAUCGCCUUAUUUCGAUGCCGUAGGCUUUGGAUUGUCGCAUGCUGCACCUGAAGGAUGUACGGUUACAGCUGCUUCGUAUCUCAUCCGACACGCUGCGAUUUAUGCCAAUGACGCCGAGUAUGAGGAUUACAUCAAGCCUUUCCUGUACAAGCUCGAAAAGCAUCGCGGUGACUUUUCAGGACCGCUUGAAUUUUUGAACAAAUGGUACUCACCAAUUGAAGAGGAUCAUCUCGAAGAUGUCACGCCUUCAGGCAAGGUUGACGCGAAGAAAGUUGGCCACCACCUUGUGAAGCGCUAUCGACACCUAGCGUCAUCGGUAAAGCGCGUCAUCGCCGAUACGAAAGACAGAACCUACGACACUGCCAAGGCAUUUUUACAAGCUUUCCCCGAAGACGGAAGCAUCGAAAUUACGCGUUUCGAUAAGAAGGAAUUGAAUAACGGCACACGCGCUCUUCUUCCUCACAAGGCCUGCUCGAAAUUCUCCAAAACGCCUGGUACGGAACAGCAGCAGAAGUUUGUCAAAAACUACGCAAGUGGCGUUGCGAAACGCUUACGCCUGUAUACACCCGACGACUACGAACUCGCCCCCUACGAUGUUUUCGCACUUCAAUCAAUUUGUGGCUACGAAUCUGCAAUUCGAGGAAAGAAAUCUCCAAUUUGCGGAUUGUUUUCUGACGCGGAGUGGCUUUCGUACGAAUAUGCCUGGGAUAUGAAAUAUGCUCACAUGGUUGGGCCUUUCAAUCCCCUGUCGAGUUACUUGGGUUUUCCAUGGUUGCAUUCACAGUCUGAGCUAUUCAGCAAAAUCGACCAAAACUCUGAAUUGAUUGGUGAUGAAUCAUCAGGAUGGCCUAAGGAACAACGGCUAUUUUUCUACUUCACUCAUCGCGAAGUCCCUCCAUUCGUUGCUACAGCGCUCGGAAUCUUCAACUCAUCUUCCCGUCAAGGAUACGACGAGUUUCCCACUACGCACGUCAACCAUGUCCGAGCUUGGAAAAUGUCUGAUUUAAUUCCAUUCUUAGGCCAUGUUGGCAUGGAAAAGAUGACGUGUGAGAGACCAGUUGCUAAAGACGGCACAUCUGAGAAAGAGGAGUUUAUCAGAUUUAUUGCCAACACUGCGCCUCGACCCUUGCCUUUGUGUCAGAACGGACCCGGGGCCAGUUGUCCAUUUGAGGAGUUUAAAAAGAUUGUUAGCGCGGGUAUGGAGAAAUAUGGGGACUUUGAUGGUGUGUGUGAGAAUAAGCAAGAGAAGGAUGAUGAGUUGUAAUGCGACAGCACUGCGGCAAAACAGAACAGAUUG